AUAAAAAAUGUCAGAAAGAAACAGCAAUCAAAAAAGAAGCAUUGCACUGACCAGGAUGGCUAUGAAAUGGAAUUCAGCUCUUCUGCUCCUACAGCUGAGCUGUUGCUUCAGCUCCGGGACGUGUGGAAAGGUGUUGGUGUGGCCCACAGAAUACAGCCACUGGAUGAACAUAAAGACCAUCCUGGACGAACUUGUCCAGAGAGGCCAUGAGGUGACUGUGCUGGCAUCUUCAGCUUCCAUUCUCAUUAAUCCUGGCAAAACAUCUGCUAUUAAAUUUGAAGUUUAUUCUACAUCUGUAACUGAAGAUGACUUUAAGGAGUUUUUUGUCAAAAUGAUCAAUGAAUGGAUAUAUGAUGUGCCAAAGGAUUCCUUUUGGUCACAUUUUUUGCAAGUAGAAAAACUCACAUGGAAAUAUUAUGACUAUGUGCAAAAGCUCUGUGAAGAUGUAGUUUUCAACAAGAAACUCAUGAAAAAGCUACAGAAUGCAAAAUUUGAUGUUGUUCUUGCAGAUGCCAUUAGUCCUUGUGGGGAGCUGCUGGCCGAAAUACUUAAAACCCCCCUGGUGUUCAGUCUGCGCUUCUCUCCUGGAUACGAAUUAGAGAAGCACGGUGGACAACUUCCCUUCCCUCCUUCCUAUGUUCCUGUUAUAUUGUCAGAAUUAAGUGAUCGCAUGACAUUCAUGGAGAGGGUGAAAAAUAUGAUAUAUAUGCUUUAUUUCGACUUUUGUUUCCGAACAUUUAAUGUGAAGAAAUGGGAUCGGUUUUACAGUGAGGUUCUCGGAAGACCGACUACGUUAUAUGAGAUGAUGGGGAAAGCUGAGAUGUGGCUCAUUCGAACCUACUGGGACUUUGAAUUUCCUCGCCCACUCUUACCCAACGUUGAGUUUGUCGGAGGCCUCCACUGCAAACCUGCCAAACCCCUGCCUAAGGAGAUGGAAGACUUCGUCCAGAGCUCUGGAGAAAAUGGCAUUGUUGUGUUUUCUCUGGGGUCAAUGGUCAGCAACAUGACGGAAGAAAGGGCCAAUGCCAUUGCUGCAGCCCUUGCCCAGCUCCCGCAAAAGGUCCUGUGGAGAUUUGAUGGCAAGAAACCAGAUACCUUGGGACCCAAUACUUGGCUGUACAAAUGGCUGCCCCAGAAUGACCUUCUUGGUCACCCCCAAACCAAGGUUUUUGUAACUCAUGGUGGAGCCAAUGGCAUAUACGAGGCCAUCUACCACGGGGUCCCCAUGGUGGGCAUUCCUUUGUUUGCGGAUCAACCUGACAACAUGGCUCACAUGAGGGCCAAGGGAGCAGCUGUCACCUUGGACUUCACCACAAUGUCCAGUGCUGAUUUGCUCAGCGCUCUGAAGACUAUCAUUAAUGACCCCACAUACAAACAGAAUGCUGUGAGGUUGUCUAGAAUUCACCAUGACCAGCCAAUGAAGCCUCUGGAUCGAGCGGUCUUCUGGAUCGAGUUUGUCAUGCGCCACGGAGGAGCCAAGCACCUGCGGGCUGCAGCCCACGACCUCACGUGGGUCCAGUACCACUCCCUGGACGUGAUUGGCUUUCUGCUGGCCUGCGGGGCAGCUGUGCUGCUGUUCCUCACAAAGUGCUGUCUGUUCUGUUACCGGAAGUUUGCUACCCCAAGGAAGAAGGGGAAGCAGGAGUAGCUGGGUCCCAGAACUGAAGCUGGGGUCCUGAGUGGAGGGGCUCCCAGUGUAUGCCAGAAAGAGGGGUAUUAUGGAGAUUCUCCUCCUCCUGGGACAAAACGUCUUUCCCUACUUACCUGGUCAAGUCAGAAUUUCCAGAGAUUUAGUUCCUAUUUGAAAGAUAGAAUUAUCCCAUGUUGAACAUUGUUAAAAACUGGAAAAUGUAAAAAUCAUAUAAGAUAAAAGAGUUUAUGGCUAAAUGUGUUGUUCUAAUUCACAAAUUAUACAAUAAGCAUGUACUGACUUAGCUGUGUUUCACACAUUGUGUGUGGACAGAAGAACAGUAACAAGUCCACUCUUGGUAUCAAUACUCAGAAUAGUUUGGCUUUAUCUAGAGCACAAUUUUGUUACUUUAUUGAGUAUUACUCCAAAAACUAUACCAAGAUUAGUUUCUACAUAAAGUCUCUCCCUGGCUUUUGCUAUUGUGAGGCGGGUACUGCUGCUUUGCUCCCCCUGGGCAUGCAGUCCCCCUGAACCUUCUUCUCUAGAAGACACCAUGACACUCACUUUCUUAGAACCUGAUGUGUUUCCCAGGGGACGUGUGUGCGUUAGAAAUGCAGCAACUCCUGUAAAACUGCUUCCUAAUGUAAAAUUGAACUAGCUUACAAACUAUUUGGUUUCACAAACAAAUGUUUCAGGCCAUUUCCAAAGAUUUUUCAGGCUAAUUUCAUUUCUAUUUUCAGGCUUUUAUAACAGAUGUACAGUCUCAACAUUAAGGUGUGAUGAGACAGAUGUGCACACACAGGAUGAUGCAGCACCGUGAAGGGGCUUGCUGAAUUUUCCAUCUCUCUAAACAUUAGGAAACUUCCAUUAAAAUGAUCCAACUACUCUCCAAACCAAUAAAUUUAAAGAGAUAAUUCAAAUUGGGAGGAGAUCUACAUAGGAGCUGUGUUACGUAAAAUGUAGAGUUUUAACAAGCUUUACAAGGAACAUAUAGAAACGGAAAACUGCAACCUCCACAUAAAGGAACAUGUGCCUGUGAGAGGGCUGAGUUUGUAAAUUUAACAGGAAAAACCCUGAAAUUAGACACUGUCAAUAUGUUCAAAGGUAACUGCACUUAAAUAAGAAAAGGACGGUUCAAUGACAGUGUCACGUCCAGAAGACGAUGUGCAGGAAACACUUGAAGCCAUUGUUUAAAAAAAGAACCAAAUGAAAAAUUUAGAGGAAAAAUUAAAAUAACUGAAAUAAAAAAUCACUAACAGGAUUCUGAUUCACAUUUGAAUCCAAAGAAAUAAAAGCCUGCAAGCUUCAUGACUGUGCAAUAGAGAUUACAUAAUCCCAAGAAUAGAGGAGAAAAAAAUGAAGGAAACAAACUGAGCCAUAAUGGAUGUUGGGACACACUUCAGUGCAGCAAUAAGUGUGACCUAGAGUGCCAGAAAAGGAGGGAAAGAGCGAGAAAUGGGGAAAAUAUUCAAAAUUAAUGCUUGACGCCUCCAUGAGGGAUAAGAUCUCAUCUGUAUCCCAGCUGAAUGGAUUCUAAGUAAGAUAAACACAGAGAGAUCCAAAUAAAGGCACAUCGUGCCAGGAAGCUGAGAAUUAAAGAACGAAAACCACGAAGCCCAAAGAAAUAACCAACUCAUCACAUGCGCGGAAACUCCAACAAUGUCCACAGUUGACUUCUCAUCAGAAACAACGCUGCUCAGAUGAGGGCUGGAGCAGGAUGAUCAAACAGAAACCUCCAGUGACUGUCCAUCUGCAUGAACACCCCAUUCAAAUGCUGUCCACAGAAACAAACCCCUCAGAAGCACAACCACCAGGUGAGUUGUCAUCUUAUGUGGCUUUAACAUUCUCUCAAGGAAAAGGCACUAAAGGGAGCAGAAAAGACGAUUGUUAUUUCCUACACCAACCCUCACACAUCUGCCAGUGGUGCCUCCCUUGCCGUGUACAGAGGAUUGCGUCAGUGCCUGUGGAAGGGACAUUUUGACCGGAUCAGCCACACAGAAGUCUUCCUCCCUCAAGACUGAGUUCCUGUGAACCCCACGAGCAGUGCAAAGAGUAUUGGGGUUGAUCUAAAUUCGUAAGGCAAUGUGGCCACAGGGCUGCAGUCCUGUGGCAAUUUCUGUGGCUGUGCUGUCCUGAGCUGGUCGCCAUCAGGUGCAUGUGACCCAGUGAGACAGUAGUUGGUGCAUCAAAGUCGGGGAGUGUCAUCCCUCCCCAGUUCCUGUCACAGUCAACACAGCCAGGGAGAGCCUUUUUCAACUGAGGAAAGGAAAGGGAAGAGCUCAAAGGACUUUGUUUUACAACUUGUAUAAAAUCUCAGCCACAGUAAUAUGGCAUAGCAAGAAUUUUUAUUUGCAGAUACUAUUUUUCAAUAAAAGGAACAUCUCUGCUUGGGAAAGUAAUUGAUAUUACUCCAAGGUCAAGAAAAGCACAAGAUAAGCCUGAAAUGUGUGUCAGAAAGUUUAAAAAGUGCACAAAAUGAUGGGAACAUAACAAAAAGAUACAGAAGACAACUGAAAGGAGUCCCAAUAAAUCAAAUAUGGAUCGACGUCCACAAAAACAAUGAUGAUAGUUAUGAACUGUGGCCUGUGGAAUAAAUCAAAUACUCAUGAAUCAAUAUUAACAGAACUAAAAGUAAAUAAAUAGAUCGAGAAAAGGGAUGUUCUUUACAGUAGAAUUCCUGUUAAUAAUUAUGAGGAAAUGAUGGGCAUAGAAACGACCAUUGGGCAAACUCCACAGUAAUUUUGUGUCAGGCAAAAGUUAAAGGUCAAUGAAGAGAAGUAACAAUUAAGUGAAUUCUCCCCCAUGCAGAUAUUAUAUCCCCCUCUUUGCCUCCCAUUCACCAAAGCUUUGGAGGGACCUUCUCCAAAGAAAUUGAAAGAAAUGUUCCAAGGUAAAAUGAAGUAACUGGAGUUGAUGUAAGCUAGCAAAAUAAAACCUUCUUUAUUCUGA